UGGGGAGAGGAGCAGCAGGAGCAGUCCGAGCAUUACUGCACUUUGAGGAGCGUAGCUGACUUGCUUUAUUUAAAGUAUAGUUAACUCUAGCCAUUCCUUUGGCUGUUUUAACACGGACCUUUAACACAGCUCAGUUACUUCACCGCUGUGUGAUGUUGUUUAAACAGCUGUAAUGAGUCGAGCUUAGCAGGCUGGGGGAGCUAACUCAGCUAGCAUGCUAGCACAUUAUCUAUAACGUUAGCCACAUGUUACAUUGAAGUUUCUGUCUAUAUAUAUGUUCUAUAUGUAUAUAGGGCAAUAUGGCACGUAGGAAAGAAGUAUUUCAAUCAAAAGUACUCCAGAAGCUUUACCCUGCAGCUGCCAAACCCAAACCGGAGAAGGAACCCAGCCCACCACGCAUUGUAGAUGCCCUAUCAAGAAAAACCUAUGUGAAAAGAAAAGCCUCUCAACAGGACACUGCCAAUGGAGACGCAGGGACGACACCGAGUGCAGCCAAUCCAGGCAGGCGGAUGUACACGGUUCUACCUCCUCCUGCGGGCGACAGGACAGACACAGAGAAAUCCGUCACACUCCCCCAGUUAGAAAGCAUAAAUAGUGCAGAGGACCCAGCUGAGGAGAGCGUCCAUGAUAACGACGAAGAAAUAGACCAAGAUAAAGAGGAAGAAGAACAGAAAAGAAAAAGGAAGAGAAGGAAAAGGAAACCAGUCCUCAGCCAAGACUCUGGGAAAGAUGGAGCAGCUCCGGUGAGCGAGUCCAGCACAGGUCAGCAUCAGACACCUGUGGAGGAUGAGGGAGGAGAGCGCAUUAGCAAGAACAAGAAGAGGAAGCUGAAAAAGAAACGGCACAAAGAGAAGCUGCUCGCCAUGGGUCUGAUGCCUCGGGCCACUGCCCUGGAGUUCACAUACCGAAAAGAUGGGGAGGAGGAAGAGGAGGAGGAGGAGGAGGAUAAUGAGAGGAGAGCUGCUGAGGUGUCAGACUUCCUCAGGAAAACAAUGGAAAUCUAUAUGUCAGAUUCCUCAUUGCGUGCAGACGAGCUUCCCCUCCUGUCUGGGACAGUGAAUGACCUUCUGAGCGGCAUAACCAGCGGGUGCCAGCCCACCUUUGUCCUGAAGCAGCUCUACAGUCUCAAGGCCUUUGUUCAGAAGCAACAGACAGACAAACUGCAAAAGGCACUGGAGGAGCUCUACAACACUUUUUCUAUGUCUGCAGAGGAAACCACUGCAGUCGUCUCAUUGUUCCAAUACUGGAUCACAGACAUUCUCCCCAUGCAACAAGACAAGAAGACCGAGCUUUCUACAAUGCACCCAUGAGACAGUGAGUCACACUGAAACACAGAGACUCUACUCAGGGAUUAUUUCUAUUCUAUACUUCUAUUAUCACUCAAGAAAGUUCCUGAAAUGUUCUACUCAUAAACUGCAUUUCACAAUGUUGAAUUUUACAUGAUGCUGCAUAAAAUAUUUUUUGUAUUAAAUAUUUUUUUUGCCAUUUGA